AAAAAAAAACCGCACUUCCACACCACAAAGCCACAUCUCAUAUGGGGUAAAACGCUUGGCGUGACUUGUAUGCCUGGCAGAUGAUGGAUCCUCUAUCUGCGGUCGGUCUGGCGUCGGGAAUCAUCCAACUCAUUGAUUUUGCCUGGCGCAUCACCUCGGGUAGUAUUGAGAUUUACAACUCUGCCAGCGGGACAACCAAGGAGAACGCGCACAUUGGCAAUGUCAUCGAGGACUUGAUAGACCUUUCCGAUGAGUUGGACACGGAAGGCCUGGGGAACUCGAAACACGAGAGGGCACUCAAGCGCCUCGCCGCCAACUGCGUCAGCCUAUCCGAGGAGCUGCUUGAGAUCCUUCAGAAGCUGAAAGCCUCGGAGAGGAACCCCAAAUGGAGCGCCCUGGUGGCCAAGUGGAACAGUAUGCGGAAGAAGGACGAUAUCGCAUCCAUCGAAGAGCGUCUGGGAGAAUACCGCUCGCAGAUUCUCAUGCGAUUGACCAUGCUCAUGAGUGAUCAACAGUCAGCCGUCAAAUCGCGACUAGACAGCAUACAGAUCGAGGGCCAGAAGCUGUCUGCGGCACGAUCAGAUGAGCUCAGAGACCUGCGCAACGAAAUCGUGGGGUUGCUUGAGGGCCUCAAACUUCAAGACGAGCCCGGGAGUCCGAGGGCAAUUGUUGACUCUCUGAAAUCUCUCCGGGGCGUGGCUGAGACGCUGCCCCGUGAGAUGUGCAUCCUCCGGAAUCUCUUUUUCAAUUCCAUGUACUCCAGAGAGGACGGCAUCAAGGACGCAGAGGCUGGGACAUUCAAGUGGAUACUCGAAGAGCCUGCGGAUGGCUCUGGCGGCCAAGACGGCGAAGCUGUCGAUUCUUCCACAGAGACCAAAAGUGAGCGUCCGGGUGAGCCGGACCCCCGUGCGGAGGCAACCGCCCAGUUCUCUGAUUGGCUCACCUCAGAUGCCGAGAUCUUCCACAUAUCUGGCAAGGCUGGUUCCGGCAAGUCGACAUUGAUGAAGUUGAUCUGCCAGGAUCCAAGCGUGAAACAGAGGCUCGAGACCUGGGCCGGCAGCAACAGGCUCAUCGUCUCCCAGUACUUCUUCUGGCAUGCCGGAGAUGACAUGCAAAGGUCCCUCCAUGGACUCUACCGGUCCAUCCUAUUCGACGUCCUACGGCAGAGUCCCGAGCUCAUCCCACUCGUCUUUCCGGAGCAGUGGAGCUUGCUGGCAGCAGGCGCAGCCGACGAGCCGGCAGUGACGGCAUCACUGUUCAGGCUCCCAAAGAUCAAGGAGUCUUUCCACACCCUCAUCGAGAAGUGCUCCGGUGCGAACCACGCUGUCUGCCUGUUCGUCGAUGGCCUGGACGAGUAUUAUGGUGACAGCAUGGACCACUGGGGUCUUGCGGCCGACCUGAGGACGUGGUCGCAACAGCCGAACAUCAAGAUUUGCGUCAGUUCGAGGCCGCAUACGGAAUUCCUGGCCAUCUUUCCCAAGUCCAGCCGAAUACAUCUCCAUGCAAUCAACAUGGAAGACAUUGAGGCGUACUGUCGCCAUGAAUUUGAGGCAAAUCAGCAUCUCGGCCGGGCACCUCCCGAUGAUCUCGUGGACCAGAUUGUGUCCCGAUCCGAGGGCGUCUUCCUCUGGGCGCGCCUCGUUGUCAGAUCGCUGCUUUCAUCGAUUGGGCGGUUCGACACGGAUGAGACCCUCGCGCUCAAGCUGGAGGAGAUCCCCAGCGACCUGGACCUCCUGUAUGAUCAGAUCCUGGGAUCCCUGGAUGCGGUUGAUCGCCGACGAGCAGACCGACUACUGAUGCUCGUUCUCCACAACCCGUUUGAGUCGGCCCUCAACGCCCUGAUGGUCGACUGGCUGGACGAGUUGAAGGACCCCAACUUCCCAAUGCCGGAUAAGUGCCGUUUCUAUUCGAUGGAUGAGAUGUCCAGUCGACAGGAGCGGCUGAGGAGACAGAUCUACGGCAUCACCAAGGGUCUUGUGGAAGUUUCGGAAGGAAACCCCAAGGAGGAGCCUUUCUUCCAGUUGCAGUUGCAGUUCUUUCACCGCUCCGUCCACGCGUACCUCACCGAACACCGGAAGUUGGAUUCGUGGGAUGAGUCCCUGGGCGGCAGGGUCGACGCGUAUGCUCGACUGAGAAUUGCAGAACUUCUUUUCGCUCGUGCCUUGGACUGCUAUCCACGGGCCGAUGUGCUGGAUAGCCUGAGUAAGACGGUCCUACCUUUAGCAGAUCAGCUAUCUGCCCAAACCCUACGUAAAUUCCAUAUCGCCAUGCACAAUACUGGCGGGGGUUGGCGAAUCCUGCCGACGGGGUACUUUGCGAAACCAUCCAAGGAGGAAGAAUACCAUGUCCCCCGUGUGGAGGAGGACGACGGCUUAGCCUUCGCGAGGUUUGCUUUGUCGGUCGGUCGACCGGAAUUCAUCGCCGAGAGAAUCCCAGACAGCACAGCUCUAGCCAGCAUAUCGGCCGCAUGCCCCGAGAUAAAUCUCUUGAUGACCGCCUUAACCUCCUGUUUCUUAAACGAACCCCUCAAUACAAGAUCCAUCGAUUUUCUACGCAGCCGGGGUGCAUGGCUAGACUCCCGAGUCCAGGUACUCGAAAAACGGGCUUGGGACUCCCUGUUCGCUCAGGGGCCAUUGAGCCCCUCCGGAAAGACAACAGGCCCAGCCGACCCACCAAACGAGGCCGGAACUGAAGAUACAAAUGCGGCGACUAUCACAAGGCCCAGACCGCAUUACCACACCGUCACUGCGUGGUCCAUCUUCCUCACCGGGUUCUCAAAUAGGGCAUCAGCCUACGCCGCCAAGCGGACGGCGACCAUCAUCCAAGUGCUCUACCAAUCCCAAGUCGGACCAACCUUCGACCGACAGCGCUCCCUGCUCCAGUACCUCGUCGACCAACAAGACGACUCCUCCCCCGACGCGCCGCAGCACGACAGACGCGAAACAGUCCUGCUGUUCAGCCACAACACCGAGGGCGUGACCAACCAUCUCCGCGCCGCGCCCGACGCCGAGAUCGCGUGGCGCGAGUGCUCGUUCCACGUCGCCGACGUCGCCGUUCUGAUGGACGCCGUGCCGGAGUCUCGCGCGGACCCGACGGUGUGGGAGGAGGAGGAGGAGGUCCGGCCGUCGGGGCUGGCGCAUGUGCAUGGGAAUGACUCUAGCUGGGGACGUAGGACCCCGGGGUGCCCGCUUCCGGGGUGGGCGGCGGAGAGGCUUGCUGCUAGGGGGGUGGUGCUGGAUCCGUUGAAGUUGUCAGCGCUGGAGGACUUGGGGCUGGCGAUGCAGCUUGUGUGGGUGGUUACGAGGGAGGAGGCUACUCGGAUAAGGGAUCUUGUGUAUCGUGUUUGGUAAUGGUCUGAAAUGGGGAAGGAUUGGGGAGACGUCGGCUAGCUGCGUAACCCCUGAGAUUGAUGGAUAAAAUUCGAUUAUCACUCA